AUGAAUAAAUUAUUGUAUUCUUUUUCAAAAAUAUCGCGAUUGUUAUUAACAAGUCUAUUGUUGAUUUUUUGCUCGUCAUUGACUGAUGCAUGGACAAAUCCUUAUGUUUUUAACGAGAACAAUUUAAGCGCUAGUUCUUCAGUUCCUGUAAACAAAAGUGAAGCUGGAGUAUUUGAUAUUGUUUCAAGUAAAUUGUGCGAUCCGAGUGUAAAACAGUAUUCAGGAUAUUUAGACAUUUCGUCAGAUGAACACAUAUUCUUCUGGUUUUUUGAAUCUCGGAACAAGAAAAAUCCACUUCCUUCAGAAUCUAUUCCUUUGACUAUUUGGCUAAAUGGAGGUCCCGGAUGUUCAUCAUUGAUUGGACUUUUUCAAGAGCAGGGACCAUGUAGUACUAUUAACAAUGGGGCAUCGACACAGCCGAAUCCAAAUAGUUGGAAUGAAGUCUCUCAUAUGUUAUUUAUUGAUCAGCCAGUUGGUGCUGGAUUUUCCGAUGGCGAUAGCUCAAAAGUUAGCACAUCUCAACAAGCGGCCGAUAAAUUAUAUGUGUUUUUGCAAAAAUUCUUUGAAAAAUUCCCAGAAUAUGCGAAACUUGAUUUACAUUUCUUUGGCGAAUCCUUUGGUGGUCAUUAUAUUCCAACAUCAGCAAGAGUCAUAUACGAUAAUAAUCAACAAAUAAUUGCUGUAAGCAGUUUACGUAGCGUAGUUGUUCAAUUUGGCCUUGCAUUUGCAUUUGAAAUUGUACAUGUAAUAACAUUCAUAUCGAUAUUGUGUAGUGACACCUAUGCAAAUUUUGCUUGUGAUAAUGUAUCAGCAUGCUAUAAAUCACAACAAAAUUGUGGAGAAAUUGACGAUCAAUGGUGCGCGAUUUUGCUAUCUUUUUAUGAAUUCAGUUCUGGCCGAAGCGUUUACGAUAUCAAAGAUGAUAACGACCCACCAACUGACUUUGUGAACUAUCUGAACCAGCCUGAUGUCAUCAAGCAAAUUGGUGCGAAAAAAAAUUUUGAAAUGUGUUCAAACCGGGUUUUCUAUGCUUUUGACGGUAGUGGAGAUUUUGCAACAAAUACUGCUAAUCAUAUAGAAUAUCUUUUGGAUAAAAAUAUUCCUACUUUGUUAUAUCACGGCGACCUAGAUUUUAUUUGCAAUUGGUAUGGAGGUCACGAUGUGGCUUUAAAUUUAAAAUGGAGUCAUGCAGAUCAAUUCAGCAAAGCACCAGUUCAAGAAUGGUCCGUGAAUGGUAAAAAAGCUGGAAGUUACCAAGAAGCAAGUAACUUACGAUUCGUUCGUGUUUACGAUGCUGGUCAUGAAGUACCGUUUUACCAGCCCGAAAAUUCAUUAAACAGAAUUCUUCCUAACGCCAAUCUAAGAAACUUUCUAGAAAAUAUGGGAACAUGUUUCUCGAAAUCAAAAAAUGAUAAAAAUAAUGAACGAGUUGUUGACCGAAAUGUUGAUUCAACCAAGAGCGAAAAAAGUAAUAUUCCGGUGAUAAAUAUAUCAUCACGUGAGUCGAUACAACCAGAUUUAGACACGGACGACGACGACUUGGAAUAUCCGUUACCGAAUUUUGAUAAAGAAAAAGAUCGGAAUCUUGUACAGCAUUUUUUGUAUCGGUAUAUAUGGCAAAGCUAUUUCUCUUCGCCAGUUAUUGAAAAGCUGAAAAUUGAAGGAGCUAAAGUGCUUGAUGUUGGAUGUGGAACAGGUUUAUGGGCUCAAGACAUUGCUAUAAAAUAUGACAAAGCAACAGUGUAUGGAAUCGAUAAAGCAAACGUAUUGCCAAAAACUGUUAAUCUUCCAAAUGUCAAAUUUAUACAACAUGAUAUUUUGAAGAAAUUACCAAUGGAAGACAAUACAUUUGACUUCGUACAUAUAGGAUUCCUUGGGAGUAGUUUCACAAAAAGUCAAUGGACUGAAACCGUUUUGCCGGAAUUAGUUAGACUUACGAAACCUACCGGAUUUAUGGAAUUAAUGGAAGUCGAUGCACAAGGAAUGAACGAAGGCCCGGCAGCACAGUUAUUAAUAUCUGGAGUUCAGGCAUAUUUUCGCAAUAAAGGAAUCGAUCCCAUCCUCACUCCACAUUUAGAAAAAUUUCUGAAAAGUUGUGGUCUAAGACAGAUUAAGAGAGAAGAAAAUUUCCAUCCGAUCGGCGAAUGGGGCGAAAGAGCUGGUGAGUUGGCGCUUUCCGAUUGGAUACAAGGACUCAUGAAGUUGAAGGCAAGAGUUGCUCCGCUUUUAGGACUUGACGAUGAUGGUUACAAUAAAUUAGUGCAAGAUUUUAAAGAAGAAGUAAAUAUUUUUCAGACAUAUUGGAAAUCUGUUCGUGUUUAUGGAAUUAAACCGGAGACUGAUACAAUAGAUGUAAAGGCGGCUAGCUCGUAG